CGAGACCACGGGAACGCCCAAGGUGUGACCCUUCUUUUUUCACGUUCUAUAUAAUGACCCAAGCGUGACCCCCACCGUCUCUCUCCAGCGAUUAGAUAUUUUAUUAUUCGCGAGCUUUUUUGCUCUCUUUUUUUGUGGCCAUGGCGGAGUACGUGCGACCCACCAACUCCAUGAUGGCCCUCUCCCAGCCCUGCGACGUCCCGGCCUCCGACGACGACGACGACUCCUCCCGCCGCAGCGCCGGCGAACGCGGCCGCUCCACCGCAGGGGGCGGCGGAGGACGAGAGCCGUCUUCCGGAUCGGCUGGGAAGAAGCCUCGAGGGAGGCCGCCGGGGUCGAAGAACAAGCCGAAGCCACCGGUGGUGAUAACGAGGGAAAGCGAGACGGCGAUGCGGCCGAUGGUGCUAGAAAUCGCCGCCGGCUGCGACGUGCUGGAGAGCGUGGCCGCCUUCGCGCGCAGCCGGCGGAUGGGGAUCUCGGUCCUCAGCGGCAGCGGCGUGGUCGCCAACGUUCCCCUCCGCCACCCCACCACCAACCCCCCCGUCAUGACCCUCCAUGGCCGCUACGACAUCCUCUCUCUCUCCGGCACUGUCCUUCCUCCGCCAUCCGCCGUCACCACCGCCCCCGCCGCCCCUGCCCAGGUUAACUUCUCGAUCUCGCUGGCGGGGACGCAGGGGCACGUGAUCGGGGGGACGGUGGCGGGACAGAUGAAGGCAGCAGGGCCGGUGGUGCUGGUGGCGGCCUCGUUCGCCAACCCGGAGUUCCACCGGCUGCCGCUGGCGGCGCCGGCGGAGGAUGAGGAGACCGCUGCGGCCAAGGAGGAUGACGCGAAGCCGGCUGGGGUUGAGGCGGCCGUGCCGGUCUACGGCCUGGCUGGUGGGUCCCUUCCGUUGACCGGUCCGCUCACCCACCGUGACAUGGUCCUGUGGGCCCAACCAUCCUCGUCUCGCGCUUCCCACCCUCCUCCCCCUCACUACUGAGUGUCCGAGCCCAUCCAUCUACUUAAUUUUCUAUCUUAGAAGAAGAAAACAAAAGAAAGAGAUGUCGAGAGAGAGAGAGAGAGAGAGAGAGGAGUUCAUUACCAGGAGAAGGAAAGGAAACAAAAAGUAAGGAAAUGGCCAGUUUUGUUUUGUUAGUGCUGGGAGCUGUAGUAGCAGUGGAAGAGAAAGAAGAGAGAAGUCCUUCGUGUCAGAGUGAAGGUGGCCGGAGGGGGUGGCGGGUCUUUCAGGUCUAUGGCUUAGGCUAUAAAGACCCUCUACUACUUUUUCUUCUCGGGAAGCGCCGCUUCUCCGACUUCCAAUGCAGGCUAAAGCUAGCUACCUUGGAGAAGAGAGAGAAAAGAGUCGACGAGUUAAGCAUGUAAGCUUGUAGAUCUCUCUUUCCUAUCAUUAUAUUUUACUUUUUCUUUCGUUUCAUGUAAAGAUAUGUCUAAAGAGACAGAACCAAGAACUGAAUAUAUGUUUCUGGGGUGCUUCUCUCUUCUAUCGUUAGAGCUUAACGUGUGAUGUUUAAUAGCAGUCGGUGAUCUCUCUCUUAUAUAUCCGAAAUGAUCGAUCCAUGGUUUUCUUA